UCUCCACCUCCGCACCUCUCCCUGCCCAGGAGGGGCUGGAGCCCCGCAGCCAAAGGAAGGAAGAAGAGCCAAGGACAGAAAAUCCAAAUGUUGGUGCUGUCGAACACCACGACCCUGAACCUGCUCCUCUCCAAACUGCUCCAGGAGUGCCUGCAACAGACCAACAGCUCAUCUCCUUCCCAGGAGAGCAGCGCGAGCGACAGCCUGGCCAUCAUCUACGUGCUGCUGAUGCUGGGGCUCUUUGGGUUCUUCACCGUGGGGGUGAUGGUGACCAACCUGCGGGCGCGGCGCCUCGAGGGGCCCCGCGACCCCUACAACACCUACAUCGCCACCGACGCCUGGCACAAGAAGGACAGGGAGUACCUCCAGGCCAAGCUCAUCGAGAGCUGCAAGCUCUGCUGCGUCCUGGAGAACCAGCUGGCCGUGGAGCAGCCGGGCAUGAAGAUCCCUGAGGAGAAAUCUUCCUAGGGAGAAGCGGGGGAGGAUCGUGCGCGGCACGGGGACGGUGUGAGCGGUGCCUGCUGUGGGAGCUGCUGGCCCUUCUGCAGAGCCACAGGGCCUGGCCAGGCUGGAGGAGCAGUGCUGGUGAAGCUGAUGGAUCGGGGAGAUCCCAGUGCUGCCCCAGUGCCCGGCACCGGCGUCGUGUGGGAAUCACCGUGAGGGAACGUCGGGAUUCACGCGGAACGCCGUGGACUCAUCAGCUUCACCUCCUGGGCCAGGGCCUCAGGCUGGGUGGGAUUUUGGGGAUAAAUCUGCCCUGGAGGGUGGGCAGGCCCUGGCACAGGGUGCCCAGAGCAGCUGGGGCUGCCCCUGGAUCCCUGGCAGUGCCCAAGGCCACCUUGGAGCAGCCUGGGACAGUGGAAGGUGUCCCUGCCCAGGGAAUGGGAUGAGUUUGAUCUCCCUUCCACCCCAACCCAUUCUGGGAUUCUCUGGUUCUCUACAAAGGCAAAUCUUGGUGUUGCUGGUGUGAAAUUAGAGCCUAAUUAAGACCUCAUUAGAACCAAACACAGGGCAAAAGUGUUAAUUGCCAAGCAUGGC